AUGCGACGAUUUGCGCUCGGUAGCCUUUUGGCAGUCCUGUUACCAGUAUUUACUGGUGCGGAACCGAUAGCGAAGCCUGAAGCUGUACCGCAACAGCUUACAAACAAUGCGCCCUUCAGUGGAGCUGUGUACAUUGUAAGCCCAGAUGGCGGACAGGUCGUGGCGCAGGGAACCAACAUGUGCCCUGCUUCGGCGUCUGUGAGCUGUGCAAACGUCAAUCAGCCGAGUUGGUGCUGUCCCUCAAACUAUGUGUGCGCUUCUCCCGCAAAUUCGAACGGUUUGAUCGGCUGCUGUCCGAGUGGAAACACUUGCGGAGGGUCUGUCAACGUCGCGUCAAUCACAACCGUCACCGUGUACCCGCAACAACAGACUGCGAUUGUAUACGCAAACCCAGCUCCUCACACGACUGUAUAUAACCAACCCCCGAAUCAAGCACAGGGCGGCUUCUGCGCAACGAUAACGAUGGAUGGGCCAGGUCUACCAAGAACAGCACAAGGAGAAUGCGGAACAAUUUUGCUUGUAUCAGGAGCUCCAGGCUUGAAGGUGCUCGGCAUCGGCGCGACCAUGGUGGCGAUCAUGCUACAUGUGGCGUUCGGAAGAAUGUUCAGCAGGUUAUGA